AUGUUUUGUCGCCGUUUCUAUGGGGCCACAAAGGGAGUGACAAAUGCACUUUGCGUUGCUGCGUCCAUGCGUUGCCUGCACUAUGUUCCACGCAUUCGGGAUAUUCAGUUUCUCAUGGAAGAUGUAUUCGACAUGUAUCUGCACUACGAAAAGCUGGGACGGGCUGACGUCAACAAGGAGCUCUUUGAUGGUCUUCUUGAAAAAGCCUCAAAGUUGGCCACGCACACACUUUUCCCGCUUUACACAUCCUCUGAUGAUGAGGGAUGCCACCUGCUAGAGGACGGAACGGUGAGGACGCCCAAGGGCUUUAAGGAGGCCUAUGAGGUCUUCAAGAAGGGUGGUUGGGUUGGCAUUUCAUUUCCUGAGGAGUACGGUGGACAAGGGCUGCCAGGAUCCGUUGGUUUCACUGUGCGAGAGUUGAUGGCAACAGCCAAUUGGCCCUUUGCGAUGUAUUCCGGUUUAAGCAUGGGAGCCGCGAAUACGCUCUUGACGUGGGGAAGCGAGGAGCAGAAGAAGACGUACCUCACCAAGCUUGUCAGUGGGGAUUGGACCGGCACCAUGUGCCUCACCGAACCGCAGUGCGGGACGGAUUUGGCGCAAGUGGGGACGAAGGCGGAACCAUGUAGUGAUGGCACCUAUAAGCUUCGGGGCACAAAAAUUUUUAUCUCCGCCGGCGAGCAUGAUAUGACGGAGAAUAUUAUUCAUGUUGUCGUGGCAAGGCUACCAGAUUCCGUGUCUACGACAAAAGACAUUUCGCUUUUCUUGGUUCCACGUAAUCUAGUAAAACCAGAUGGGUCAUUGGAUCCGAAAAAAAAUGUCCAAUGUGUGGGGUUGGAGUCCAAAAUGGGAAUUAAGGGGAACGCCACGGCUCAGUUGAGCUUUGAGGACUCGGUGGGCUACCUUAUUGGACAGCCCAACAAGGGGGUGAAGGAAAUGCCAACUUUCUUGAAUGCAGCCCGCGUAGGAGCAUCGCUACAGGGUAUUUGCCACGCUGAGCUUGCGUUUCAGAAUGCGCUGAAGUACGCCCGUGAGCGUGGCUCUCAGCGUUCUCUCAGCGGGACAAAGUGCCCUGACAGAGCAAACGAUCUCCUUGUGUGGCAUCCAAACGUCCGCCAGAAUAUCCUGUUUGCAAAGGUCAUUGCCGAGGGAGGUCGUGCAUUCUUGAUGGAUGUGGAUCGUCUGCGUGACAUUCAGGAAGUCACCAAGGACGCAGCAAAGCGGAUUGCACUGGAGCACGAGAUUGACUUCUACACACCUAUCGCCAAGGGAUGCCUGACAGAAUGGGGCCUGGAAGCUUCCUCGCGCUGCCUGCAGGUAUGGGGUGGACAUGGUUACAUUAAGGGUAACGGCAUGGAGCAGAUUCUUCGUGACGCGCGUAUUGCGACGCUGUAUGAGGGCACAACGGGUAUUCAGUCCCUUGACUUUAUUGACCGCAAGGUGCUGCACUCUAAGACGGACGAGGUUGCUCGCUUCAGUGGAAAGGUGAACGCACUUGCGCGUUCGCAUUUUUUCUCUCGUGGUCCUAUUGGCAAAUUUUCUCGGCGGCUAUGGACGUUUCAGAAACAGUGGCGCUUGGCCAUCACUAAGGUGAGGAUGUGCGCUUUGAGCGACAUCGACUCCGUGGGUGCCGCGUCGGAGGAUAUGCUGAUGUGCACGGGUUACCUGGUGCUGGGCUACUACUGGCUGCGCAUGGCCAUCGCCGCGGAGAAGAAGGUUGCCGCCGACCAGGACCCGGAUGGCUUCUACCAAUGCAAACUGGAUCUUUGCCAGUUCUUCUUCCAGAAUCUUCUGCCGCGCGCGGAUGCCCACUUUCAAGUUGUGCAGACCGGCUCCGACGUUGUGAAGGGCAACGAGGCGGCGUGGGACCUCGCCUAA